CACACACACACACACACACGCUCCGCCCCCUCACCUUCACUGAUCAAUACCUGGUUGGGCCAUUUCCCACGAUCCUCUGCUCCGACUCUGUGUGUGUGUGUGUUUGUGUGAUUAGCAUAUGUGUGUGAUUAGCAUUAUUAGCAUCAGAGUGAGCCCCCCCCCCCCCCCAUCAGAAGUUAUUGAUUGUCCUGAUGCUCCAUCAGCUCAUAUCGACCAACAGGACGGAUGCUGCUGCUUCACCUUCCAGCAGGCGAGGACGGUCAGUACCGGAGAACUCGCUGCCAUCAAAGUCAUCAAACUGGAACCUGGUGAGGACUUUGCGGUGGUCCAGCAGGAGAUCCUGAUGAUGAAGGACUGUAAACAUUCCAACAUCGUGGCAUACUACGGCAGCUACCUCCGCAGGGACACGUUGUGGAUCUGUAUGGAGUUCUGUGGAGGAGGAUCGCUGCAGGACAUCUACCACAUAACCGGCCCGCUGACUGAGUCUCAGAUCGCCUAUGUUCUGCGGGAAACUCUCCAGGGACUCUUCUAUCUGCAUAGCAAAGGCAAGAUGCACCGAGACGUCAAGGGAGCGAACAUCCUGCUGACUGAUAACGGAUACGUCAAACUGGCGGACUUCGGCGUGUCGGCUCAGAUCACCAUGACCAUCGCUAAGAGGAAAUCCUUCAUUGGGACGCCAUACUGGAUGGCUCCUGAGGUGGCGGCGGUGGAGAGGAAGGGCGGGUACAACCAGCUGUGUGACAUCUGGGCCGUCGGCAUCACCGCCAUCGAACUGGCGGAGCUGCAGCCGCCCAUGUUCGACCUGCACCCCAUGAGAGCUCUACUGCUGAUGACCAAAAGUAAUUUUCAGCCUCCCAAACUGAAAGACAAGGUGAAGUGGACCGGAAACUUCCAUCAGUUUAUUAAAAUAGCUCUGACCAAGAACCCAAAGAAGAGACCUGCUGCUGACAAACUUCUGCAGCACCCGCUCGUCUCUCAGCCUCUCAGCCGGACUCUGGCCAUUGAGCUGCUGGAUAAGGCCAGUAACCCGGACCAGGACCACCAGAGCCACCUGGACGAUGACGAGACCGACGUGGAGGCUGCUGCCUCUGUCCCUCAGAGGAUCCCAUCUGGAAACACCAGAGAAGGAAAAACUCUGUCUGAGAUCAACUUUGAUCAGAUGAAGUUUGAUCCUCCUCUUAGGAAAGAGACUGAAGCUCACCAUGAAGAGUCUGAUUGCUUCCUGGACUGUGAAGAGGAGCUGUACUACACCGCCAGAUCCAACCUGGAGCUGCGGUUGGAGUUUGAAGACGCUGCAGGAUCCGUCCUUGGUGGAAACAGGGGACGUGAGACUCACCUGGACGCCGGCACUUCAGGUGAGGAUGAAGAUGAGGCUGAGGAUGACGGCUGUGUGGAGAGAGGGGAUGCAGACGACCACUCGGAUGUCUCUGAUGCUGCAGGUCACCGUGACAGUGGCGAUAUUGAAGUGCAGCAUGUAAAAGACUCGACACUGAGGCCCCGCCCUCCUCCUGCUGCCCCGCCCCCUCAGGAAGAAUCCCUGCCUCCUGACUGUGAUCACCAUGGCAACCAGGGGACCUUAAAGCCCCACCCUCUGUCAGAAAGCCCCGCCCGCUCCUCCACGCAGGGCCCGCCCAGACCACCCCCCCCCAAACUGCCCCCCCACAAACUCAGCAGCCCAGGAAGCGUACCGUCCUACUCUGAGCAGUCUGCAGCGCCCAACACUGUCCACAGCAGGAAAGACGUCCCAAAACCCGUCAGUAACGGACUCCCACCGACUCCUAAAGUGCACAUGGGAGCCUGUUUCUCGAAGGUCUUUAAUGGCUGUCCUCUGAAGAUUCACUCUGCGGCGUCCUGGAUCAACCCCAACACCCGUGAUCAGUAUCUGAUCUUCGGAGCUGAGGAGGGAAUUUACACUCUGAACCUGAACGAGCUGCAUGAGAACUGCAUGGAACAGCUGUUUCCUCGCAGGUGUACCUGGGUUUACGUCAUGAACAACACUCUGAUCUCCAUCUCAGGCCGAGCCUCUCAGCUGCACUGCCACAGUCUGGUCGGUCUUUUCGAACAGGCGCAACACAAACAGAAGCUGCCGGUUUCCAUUCCGACGCACCGUCUACCGGACCGCAUCCUGCCACGGAAGUUUUCCAUCUCCAGUAAAAUUCCCGACACUAAAGGCUGUCUGAAGUGCUGCGUGGUGAGGAACCCCUACACAGGUCAUAAAUACCUGGGUGGAGCCUUCCAAUCAGGUGUGGUCCUGCUGGAGUGGGUGGAGCCGAUGCAGAAGUUCAUGCUGGUGAAGAACAUGGACUUCCAGCCUCCAUGUCCUCUGGAGGUUUUAGAGCUGCUGGUCAUCCCGGAGCAGCCGUACCCUCUGAUCUGUGUCGGCCUCAGCAGAGGAACUGAACCCAAUCAACCCGUCAGCUUCCAGACCCUCGAUCCCAAUUCCUCCUGCCCCACCCUCCCUGACACAGAAAACCCUAAAAGCUGUGUGAUCCACAUCACUCAGCUGGAGAGAGACACAGUCCUAGUCUGUCUGGACCGUUGUAUAAAGAUCGUGAAUCUCCAGGGGAAGCUUAAGUCCAGCAAGAAGCUGUCAGCUGAGCUCACCUUCAACUUCCAGAUUGAGGCGAUCGUGUGUUUACAGGACAGUGUUUUGGCCUUCUGGAGACAUGGCAUGCAGGGGCGGAGCUUCAGAUAUAACAAGAUCACACAGGAGAUCAGUGACAUCAGCAGGAUGUUCCGCCUGCUGGGCUCUGACAGGGUCGUUGUCCUGGAGAGCAGAGCGACAGAUAACCCGACUGAACACAGUAACCUGUACAUCCUCGCCGGACAUGAAAACAGCUACUGAACCAGGACCAAACCAGGACCAGACCAGAACCAAGGAAGGACCAAACCAGGACCAGACCAAAACCAAGGAAGGACCAA